ACUUCCCGGAACAACUGGUUCGAUCGAAGAGACGGGAAGAUACAUCGACCUUCGAUGUGUUGUUUCUAUAGCGGGUAUGGUCUGUCUUGUUUCUGUCAUACCACUGAUAGUGUACGCUGCUACACGCAACCAAAUGGCUGAUCUCACUUACGCCAACGAGAAUGAUACGUACGACUGCUCGAUAACCAUGGGUUGGCUUAAGGACCAGGAGUUCGAGCUAAUAUCCACAGCUAUCAACCUUAUCGUCUUCAAGAAGAUCUCCUUCACCGCCGCAAAGGCUAUAGAUCUGGCGUGGAACCUGCUCGUAGGUCGCGGUUUCCAAGCCAUCGCGGCUUUUAUCUGCUACCGCUUGUUUACUGGCAUACUGUAUCUCAUCUUGGAACAGCAAAGCAUAUCCGUGGAAACUUUCUCAGCUCUUGCCUUUUAUACCACGAGCUUAUGGAGCUGCGGACCCAUCAUCAAGACGAUGCGUCAUAGCAAGCUAGGCCUUUUCAACGCAUUCGCUGUCGCAUGGAUACUUAUAUCGAUCACGUACUUGCUGUUCGUUGUGACGAUGGCCGACUUAAUGACUGGAUAUGUAACGGGCGAGAUGACCUGGUUUCCAAAUGGGACAAUGAUGGAAACAGGCUCCAUCAAUGAGACUGCACUGAACAUUAUACUCGCCGAUCAAUUCAGACAUUCACCACCGGAAAAUGUCACAAUGCCAGACAACAACACCAUUUCGCCAGAUUGGACGGGAUGGUAUGCGCUCGUUCCGCUCGUUCCAUCGGCGAUAGUGCCAUCAUCACCCGGAAGUAGAAAUGGCACCAUGCUCUUUGAGAAAUGUCUCAAUGUCCAUGAGAUGGGUCUGUUCCACGUUGACGCCUAUCUGGACCUGCGACCUACGAAAGAAGGCAGAUGGUAUGCGUCUGGCGACUAUCGAUACAACGAUCCUUCUCGCGAGAAAAUUCUCACCAAGUAUCCUACUGAAUCGUGUCUGAGUCGCUAUAUGCUCGGCAUUCAGGAUCUCUUUCAACUGCCAAAUUAUUCUCCCAAUAUGACGUGGUGGAGAGACGAGACAAACUUCCGAUGUCUGCCUUCGACAGACUAUGCCUGGGGCUUCUCAUAUCAGUACACUAUUCUACUCACUUCUAUAAACAGUAUCUGGCUCCUCGUCACCGCAGCCCUGUGGUUGUACGUUGAGAUCAAAAGUCAGUUCCUGCAGAAACGCGGUCCUAUGGGUACUUGGCGGGCAGUGCUCGAUCUAGCAUCGGCAUUGCGAGAAAAGCUCGGUCAUGAUACUGGAGGUUAUACUGACGUCCGGCUAGAACAGGCAGUUGGAGAGCUUCAACCAUUGACUUACGAGAUACAUGCAGACAAAGUAAUGGGGAUGGAGAGGAUUAAGUUGAGGGAAUGUGACAAGAAUGACGAGUGGCGCAAAGAGAUGUUCAGGUUGAGGUGGAAGACUAAAUACUGC